AAGACCUGUUUUCAUUUGAAAACAUUUGCAAAAAAACGGCACGUUUUGCAGUUUUCUCAUCUCAGAUAGUUUUUUAGUCCUAAAACUUUUAAUUUUGUGAUAGAAAAUGAGAGAAACUUAAAAACCUUUAAUAAUUAGAUUUUGGGGAUAAGUGCACCUGAGCUACAAGCGUUAAUUUGUGACAAAACAGGGAAACAAACUGCUGUCUCGCUCUCUCUCGUGCGCCCUGAUCCAACCUGCGCGCGCCUCUCCAUCCCUCCCUCUCCGCCACUUCAAAGCGCCACUUCAAAGUGGGAUCAGACACGAGUGGUCCUUCCCGUCUUCAGGUCCCACGCGCCUCACGCCGUCAUCAGAAUGCCUCGAGGAUUCUUGGUGAAGAGGAACCGGCGCGGAUCCGCGUCGUACCGGUCGCGGAGCGACGGCAAACCCGAGGCGCACGAGGGGGACGAGCGGGUGGACGUCCCCUCGMUGGGGGUCUUCCCCUUCCACCGCGCGGAUGGAGAGCCCCCGGAGUCCAGCGAGGGWCCGGUCCGGGACGCGUGGAGCCCGCCGGUAGAGUCCGCAAUGGAGGCGGAAGCUGACCGGAGCGCGCAGCUGCCAGACACCGACGUGGACGUCCUGAGCGUGGACGGAGACUUCUCCUGCUUCUUCCCGCCUCCGCCUCCACACGAACCGGCUUUGGACGAGUCCCGCAGCCCCGUGAAACCGGUAAGCACGAGGCUGCUGGAGCGGCACGAGGAGGCGGACGCGCGGGACCUGCCGUUCCUGGUGAGACCCGCGCAAAACCCCGUGCCCGUCUCCAUGGAGAGGCUCCGUCUGCACGCGCAGCCCUACAGCCACAAGUUUGACCCGAACCUGGCCCGCGUGCACCUGUUCCCCUCGCUGGCGCUGAUGGAGCAGGGGCGCGCGGACAGGAAACACUCCUUCCUCGACCCGGACCGUCAAAAACACAGCGCGAAGCAGUCCAAGAAACCCAAACCGAACCGGAGGCUGAACUUCGAGGACGAGGUCACCACGUCUCCGGUUCUGGGUCUGCGGAUCAAGAAGGAGUGUCCGGAGCUGAGGAGGUCGCGGGAGAAGCCGUCCGCCCCACCCGGGACUCAGCCGCUGGGGGAGUUCAUCUGUCAGCUCUGCAAGGAGGAGUACCCGGACCCGUUCUCCCUGGCCCAGCACAAGUGCUCCCGCAUAGUGCGCGUGGAGUACCGCUGUCCCGAGUGCGACAAAGUCUUCAGCUGUCCCGCGAACCUGGCCUCCCACCGGCGSUGGCACAAGCCCCGCCCGGCGAGCAGCAACCCGGGACCGGAGGCGAACCGGAGCCAGGCGCUGAAGGAGGCCCGGGCUCUGGUUCUGCAGGAGAAGCAGUCGGAGGGCAAAGAGAACGARCUGCAGCACCACGGAGCGCUGGACAGCUCCGCGCGCGUGCUGCUGCUCCGCCCCGACUGGAACCCGGACCUGCAGCAGCGCGUCCGGGCCGCGGACAGCCCCGGACUCCUGCURCUCAACCCGGACGAGCAGCAGCAGCCGCCGGUCCCGUUCCUCCAGUCCUCACCGGAGGAAGAGGCGUACGAGUGCCGCUACUGCGGGAAGAAGUUCCGCCGGCAGGCUUACCUGAAGAAACACCUGGCCGCGCACGAGAUGACGGCGCGCGCCUCCCCGCCCCCACCGCCGCCCUACAACCAGACCCAGGUGUUCCUGUGCCACCUGUGCGGCGCGCGCUUCCCGUCGGUGGAGAUCAGAGACAAGCACCGCCUGUGGCACGCGAUGAGAGACGAGCUGCUGGUCGGAGGAGCGCGCGGCGCCAGAGCGGACGUUUUCCACGCGCACAGAGAGGAGGGCGGCGGCGGGGAGCGCGAGCCGCACCAGCAGCAGAUCUUCACCUGCAAGUACUGUCCGUCCACGUUCUUCAGCUCGCCGGGGCUYACGAGACACAUCAACAAGUCCCACCCCACCGAGAACCGGCAGGUGAUGCUGCUGCAGAUGACGGUGCGACCGUAGAGUCGACUUAUCGAUUAGUCGAGAACUCAAACAGGCUGAAAUGUCGGUUUUUUUUGUUGGAUUUGUUUUUUUCUCCCUCACUUGUGUCUGUGCCUUUAAUUAUGAAAUUAAUUUACAAUAUUUUAUGUUGUAAAACCUGACUCAAAAAACAAAAAAAUACAGAUAAACAACUUUUAAGUUUUACUAAAGUUCAGACUUUAAUUACACAAAAUGUAAAUUUCUUUAACAGAUUUGGCAAUAACAUAAUUAAUAGUGUUUGUAAAUGUCACUUUUAUUAGAAAACUGGGAGCAGAAAUAAUUUCAUUUAAAAAUGUCAAAACCUUUAAAGCCCAGUUAAUUUCUGUUUUAUAUAUUUUUUACAGAACUUAUUUAAUGUUACUACUGCUGGUUUAAAAAUAAAAGUCAAAAUAACUUUAUAAUCUUAAAAAUAAAAUGUGUAACUGUAGUUCUAUGAAGCCUGGACAGUAAUAUUUUGAUAUGUUUUAAGUUAAACAUGUAAUUUAUUCUAAAUCAUUGUCAAUAAAUGUCUGAUCAAUGAGAA